AUGGUGAGUAAGGAGCCCGGCAAAUGCUUACUCACCACCUCGGAAAGCGAAGUUGAGCCAGCGGCUUCGCUCGCUUUGGAGAUGAAAUACGCGCUGGAUCCCAACCGGCAGAUUAAGAAACGGAACAAAGCCCUCCAGGUGAGAUUUAAGGAUAUCUGCGAGUCCCAGAACGAGCAGAGGGACAAACAGCUGUCUGCUCCCCAGGAUCCCGACAAGAGAGAAGCCAAGCCCGUCUCCUACAAAACGGCUUACCGCAAGUACAUGACAGUGCCUGCCCGCAGGUCGAUACCCAACGUCACCAAGAGCACCGGAGUUCAGACUUCACCCGAUCUUAAGAAGUGUUACCAGACUUUCCCUCUGGACCGGAAAAAAGGGAAUAUUCUUAAAAGCGCCUCGACCGUCGACACCUUCAAGGGUCAGAACAACGGGUUUCUAAUAGACGUUAAGGACAAAGAGGGCGGAAGCUCGGGGGAGGCCGUCCAGUGGAGCAAGAAGGCCGGCAGCCUGCAGACGGCGGAGUUCAUUUCCCACAUCAGCGAGCGCGCCAGCGCGGGGCCUCGCGACAACGGGGCCGAGGCCUGGAAAAGCAGCGAUUUGCACAGCUCUCCC